AUGAAUAUACUCUUCCUGCUUUGAGAUGUCAAACAACACGUCUAUUCACAAUCGGCCCUACCGUUCCCACCGAGUCCCGGCCUGUACGCGUUGCCGAUCGCGGAAGAUCCGCUGUCAUAUCGACAUUCCCAACGAACCAUGUCUUUCCUGCCGCGAACGACGGUUAAAAUGCCAAUAUGGAGAUUCUAUAUCCACUACCGAUCUCAACGAAAUGAAUGGAAAUGGACGACCUCUAAAGAAACCACGACUCAGCAAUGACGAUACUGCAACGAAGAAAACCACCAGUUCGCAAUCUGCACCAUCUCUGCCAAAAAAUUCCGUCAGUACGACCGAUCAGUCGUCGAUCAUGUUAGGUCCUGCUGUUGCAGAAGAUAUCGAUAUUCUUCAGCGGCAUAUAUCCCAGCAUAAACCCUCUGAUGAAGGGACAUCAGAGCUCUACCAAACCGUGUCUCAUGAUGCCUUAAACCCCAUCAUCUACCUCUCUGUGCCCCGAAAUAGAAGAGGGCUCAGACCAACCAAUUCCAUUGGGGAGGAGCAAGUUGAGAUACUAGAGCAGAUAUUUGGGCCGUUCAAGUACGAAGUACUGCAGCUUUUCUUCUCCUACGUCCAUUGCCAUUUUCCGAUUUUGGAUGACGAAACAUCCUCCAUACUGCGGGAAGGCUCGACCGAGAAGAUAUCGAAAUCUCUCCUAUGCGUAGUCUACGCGAUUGCCUCCCCAAAUUGGAGGAAAUCGGACAUCCUGAAAAUGCAUCCAAAACCCGAUCCUCACUAUGUGUGGAACAAAGCUAUAAAUGCUGUCCUUGAGGACUUCUUGAGUCCAAGUCUAGCAACGGUAUCUGCCGCAGUACUUGACCUGGUUGGUCGUCCCUCGAUAUCUAUUGUUGGGAACAUUACGCUUUGUGGACGCACUGUGGGACUUGCUCAUACUCUCGGCCUUCAUCGGGAUCCUUCAAAGUGGAAGGUUUCUGAGGAUGAGAAGUCAAUGCGGAUAAGGCUAUGGUGGGGUGUACUCAUUACCGACUACUGGGCCAGUAUUGCCUAUGGUACGCCGCCUCACGUCGCUAAAGGCUUCUAUGACGUUCCGAUGCCUGUUUCCGACUCUCUACUAUCGUCAAAGGCAACCAUGGCCCAGAAAUAUGCAUCUACUUGCUUUAUCCAUCUUUGCUCACUCACAGAGCUUCUUGGAGAUAUCUUGCCUUUAGUUUAUCAUAUUGGACCCAAUCCAGAGGAACUCGAGCGGGCUGUAGAGCAGUUAGGAAUUCGCCUCAACAAUCUUGAAUCGCAACUACCAGAAUGGCUUCCUCUACCAAGCCUGGCGGGCACCAGCAAUCUAUGGUUUUGCUUCCUUUCUAUGAGACUUCUGCUCAACCGCGUAGCACUACGUGCAGCUGUGUUGAUAGGCAACGCCCAAUCAAAAUGCGCUCGCCUCGAUGAAUUGCGCGCGUCUUCGGCCGCUCUGCUUGAUUUUAUUUUGUUUCUCGGAGAAAGCCAAUUCCAGGACUUUUGGUUGCCAUAUGCUGCUCACCUUCUCGUCCUCGCUACUAUGGUCGAUUUACGAUGCCUAGUCGAAGCUCCAAAUAAUGAAAUCAGAAGCGCGUCGAUUCUACGACUUGAGCGCUUCCUCGCACAUAUUCAGUCUGCGCAUGACAACUACGACUGGGACGUCGCGAACUAUUGCCUAGAGAGGUGCUCGGAUCCCAUAAACAAGAUCUCAUCACUACUCGCACAAGAAACUCAUCCUCCUCCAGAGGCGCAACCCAAUAUCAAUGAAAAUGGAAGUGGCGAACUUGCGACGGCUUUGGACGAUCCGUCGUUCUUGUUCUCAGACCGUCGAGACCCAAAUGCUUUCGACUUCUCAUGGGAAGCACUCUGGGACACGCCGUCGGCUAUGCCAAACUUCUCAAUUUAA